AUUUUUCAAGAAUUUUAGGCUCAGUCAGACGGGCGCGGAGACGCUUCUGGAAGUAACAUCGCGAUGGCUGCCCAAGGAGAACCCCAAGUUCAGUUCAAACUUGUUUUGGUUGGUGAUGGUGGUACUGGAAAAACUACAUUCGUGAAGCGUCAUCUGACUGGUGAAUUUGAGAAGAAGUAUGUAGCUACCUUGGGUGUUGAGGUCCAUCCUCUUGUGUUCCAUACCAACAGAGGACCUAUUAAGUUCAAUGUAUGGGAUACAGCUGGUCAGGAGAAAUUUGGUGGACUGAGAGAUGGUUAUUAUAUACAAGCUCAGUGUGCCAUUAUAAUGUUUGACAUAACAUCAAGAGUUACUUACAAGAAUGUGCCUAACUGGCAUAGAGAUCUGGUACGAGUGUGUGAGAACAUCCCAAUUGUGUUGUGUGGCAACAAAGUGGAUAUUAAGGACAGAAAGGUUAAGGCAAAGUCAAUUGUCUUCCACCGAAAAAAGAAUCUUCAGUACUAUGACAUUUCUGCCAAAAGUAACUACAACUUUGAAAAGCCCUUCCUCUGGCUUGCUAGAAAACUGAUUGGAGACCCUAACUUGGAGUUUGUCGCCAUGCCUGCUCUUGCCCCGCCAGAGGUGGUCAUGGACCCAGCCUUGGCAGCACAGUACGAGCACGAUUUAGAGGUUGCUCAGACAACUGCUCUCCCGGAUGAAGAUGAUGACCUGUGAGAAAGUGAAGCUGGGGCCCAGCGUCAGAAGUCUAGUUUUAUAGGCAACUGUCCUGUGAUGUCAGUGGUACAGCGUGUUUGCCACUUUAUUAUAUAGCUAAGCAGAACAUGUGCUUAAUCUUUGGAUGCUGAAGGAGAUGGAUGGGCUUUGGAGUGAAUGUGGCAGUUAAAAAAAAAAAUACCUUCAUUUUUUGGACCUGCAUAUUUAGGUGUUUUGGAACACAGUUGUUUCCUCCUUGAGUUUCAAAUAUAAGACUGCUAUAGUCACAUGACAAUAUUGAGAGGCGGAAUCUUGUUUGUUACUGUCAUUCCCAUUCCUUUUCGUUUAGAAUCAGAAUAAAGUUGUAUUUCAAAUAUCUAAAAAAAAAAAA